AGAGUGUGACACUUUUCAUGGUUGCUUUUUAGGCGUUAGCGUCCUAGCUCAAAAUCAUGUGCAUUUCUGUGUGACACGCGGCAUUGCCAUUGUUAACUGCAUGCAGUAUAGCAGCUAACAUCAUUAUUAGUUUGUGGCCUGAUUUAUUUAUGAAUGCAUUAACUCCAAUUGGAGUAAAUACACUGGAGGAAUGUUGACCCGAUGGACUGGAAUUGUCAACAGCCGAAUGAGACAAUAAAGUAAACAUGAGUAAAAACACCGAAAUACUCUUUUCCGCAAGCUAAAACUAAACACACCUUUGUCUCGACUAGGAAAUAAUAAAUUUUUCACAUUUCGUUUUCCAUUUAUGCUUCAUUUUCCUUGUUCCUCUUUUGGGGCGAGUAUAAGUAUCCCGAGUAAAUUGCUUUAUUCUCAGACUCUUUGACAGUGAUUGUCAACUCAGAAGAGAGAAGCACAAGACAAGAAAGCCCAUGGUUCUCACAAAAAUGAUUGUAGGGAUCCUCUUCAGUCUCUUGCUGAAUGUGUGGCUCUUUGAGGCUGCUAGUGUGAUCAUUUUGGAUCAACAAGAAGUACCGUAUAUCAAAACCGGUGAUACCAAGACCAGUCUUGAGGAUGCAAUACUUCCGAGCAGAAAUAAAUAUGCUGCUCGAAGCUGCAAGGAACUGCAUGAAAAGUAUCACGUUUAUGAUGAUGGCCUUUACUAUUUGAACUCAUCAAGAGGAGUCCUUUACCAGACGUUCUGUGACAUGACCACUGCCGGCGGCGGCUGGACGCUUGUGGCCAGUGUUCAUGAAAACUACUUGUUCGGAAAGUGUACUGUUGGUGAUCGCUGGUCUAGUCAGCAGGGCAGUGACCCAAACCGGCCGGAUGGUGACGGGACAUGGGCUAACACAGUCACAUUCGGAACAGCAGAAUCCUCUACAAGUGAUGACUAUAAGAAUCCUGGAUACUAUGACAUUGCAGCACAAGAUGUGUCUGUGUGGCAUGUUCCUAAUAACGCUGAUCUGGAACAGUGGUCACCUACCUCCCUCCUGAAAUACCACACUGAAAACCACUUCUUAAGCCUCUACGGAGGAAACCUUUUCAAUUUAUUCAAGAGAUUCCCUGUGAGGUUUGGAAUAGGGGCCUGCAUCACUGAUAAUGGACCUUCUAUUCCAAUAGUGUAUGAUACUGGAAAUGUGGAUUACAACAGAAAUCUGUAUGGCCCCUAUUCAAGAACCAUAUUUACACCCGGAUUCAUCUCAUUCAGAGUCUUCAAUACUGAAAGGGCAGCCUUGGCUCUUUGUUCAGGUGUGAAACCUACCGGCUGUCACACUGAACAUUUCUGUAUUGGUGGAGGUGGACACUUUCCUGAGGCCGUCCCUAGACAGUGUGGGGACUUUUCAGGCUUCGACUGGGAUGGCUAUGGCACUAAUGCAGGAUGGAGUGCUUCCAGAGAGAUAACUGAAGCAGCAGUACUUCUGUUUUAUCGCUGACACCUUGAUCAGUCUAAAAUCUCCAGCUUACUUCCUAUUUCAUAUCACUGAUCAACACUGAAAUGUUACAUGAACAAGAAUUUGAUCAAAUUUAUUUCUUUAAUCUGCAUAUAUGCAUGGUGAUAGUAAUUAAAAAAAACAACCUGUUAGUUUAGCCAUUUAUUAAGUUUCUGCUUUAUCUAAAACCUCUCAAUGUUUGUGGGUUUCUCUUUAAUGUUUUAGCUUUUUGAUACAAUGUAUUAUCAAAUAAAAGCAGUGGGCUGUCAA